UGAAAUUGUUAACCUUGUCCUUCUUGAUGCCUCGUUCUGAGUCCCAAGGCUAUUGGUUUCCUGCCGCGCUUUUAGUAAAAGGCGGACACUGCUGCGAAGCGUUUCUCUCUUCCCGCUGUCCUCGGCUGCACACGGAGGCAAACCGACAAUUUAACCGCUAGAACGAGCAGUCGGGGAAAUAAAUAGAAGGAGUGACGGAGAAAGAGAGAGAGAGACAGAGAGGGAGAGAGAGCGAGAGAGAGAGAGAAAGCAAGAGAGAUGAAGCAAGACCGACAGAGAGAGAAGCAGAUAUGGGGCGUUCAUUAGAGUGAGAUAACGGAGAAAGAUAAGCCUACCCCUGUCCAGCACUCUAAAAUGUGCUAGAAGGAGAGCGAUCCUCAGUGUAGUUUACCGCUUCCCACAGCAGAGGCGGUGGAGCGAAAGCCUUGCGUCGGAGUAGUGGGAUUAUCCCUUCUUUCUCGCAAUGGAAACUGAAUGAAAAACGUUGGACAGUUGUUUUAAACUCCAGUGCUUUCGCUUACAAUUCUUGCCAAAUCGCAUCCUGCUAUGUUAUUCUCCUUUUAUUUCAACUUCAUAUGUGGAUUCGGAGGGACAUUCUAAAAGGUAACCAACCUACGGCGCAACAGCUGCUCUACAAGUAGUUAGCCCCAGGAAAAGCUCUUAUUUUUGUGGAUACAGAAAUGUGCAUGGUAUUCCCCCACCCCUGCCUCUCUCCAGAUGGUGAGUGAGCUGAAGCCAAGCUGGUUGUGAAGGUGCUGGUGGACUUGUCCCUGUCCUCGCCCCAAGCCAGACUCACCAUGGCGUCGGGAGUAGCGGCGUGGCUGCCCUUCGCCCGCGCUGCUGCUAUUGGCUGGAUGCCCGUGGCCAACAUGCCCAUGCCCAUCGCCCCCACCGAGAAGAACAAACGCGCAGACGAGCUCAUCGUCCUCAAUGUAAGUGGACGCCGAUUUGAGACCUGGAGGAAUACGCUAGAUAGAUAUCCCGACACCUUACUGGGCAGUUCAGAGAAAGAGUUUUUCUACAAUGAGGAAACCAAAGAGUACUUUUUUGACCGAGACGCGGAUGUGUUCCGCGCUGUUCUCAACUUCUAUCGCACGGGCAAGCUGCAUUACCCCCGCUCCGAGUGCAUCACGUCCUACGACGAAGAGCUGUCCUUCUUCGGGAUCAUCCCUGAGAUCAUUGGAGACUGCUGCUACGAAGAGUACAAGGACCGUAGGCGUGAGAACCAAGAGAGACUGAUGGACGAUGACGAGGACAAGAAAGAUGCCAAGCUUCCCAAUAUGACGUUCAGAGAGACCAUGUGGAGGGCCUUCGAGAACCCUCACACCUCCACCAUGGCCCUGGUGUUCUACUAUGUCACCGGCUUCUUCAUCGCCAUCUCAGUCCUCACCAACGUGGUGGAGACGGUGCCUUGCGGUGCCACCCCUAACACCAAAGAGGUGACGUGCGGCGAUCGCUACACAGUAGCCUUCUUCUGCAUGGACACGGCCUGCGUCCUCAUCUUCACAGUAGAGUACCUCAUGAGACUGUUUGCUGCGCCAAGCCGUUACCGCUUCAUGCGCAGCGUGAUGAGCAUCAUCGACGUGGUGGCCAUCUUGCCCUACUACAUUGGCUUGGUGAUGACAGACAACGAGGAUGUGAGCGGGGCCUUCGUGACGCUCCGGGUCUUCCGGGUCUUCCGUAUCUUCAAGUUCUCCCGUCACUCUCAAGGGCUGCGCAUCCUGGGGUACACGCUGAAGAGCUGCGCCUCAGAGCUGGGCUUCCUCCUCUUCUCCCUCACCAUGGCCAUUAUUAUCUUCGCUACCGUUAUGUUCUACGCCGAGAAAGGUUCCACGUCGAGCAAGUUCACCAGCAUCCCAGCCUCAUUCUGGUACACCAUCGUUACUAUGACGACACUUGGAUAUGGAGACAUGGUUCCUAAGACGAUUGCGGGGAAGAUAUUUGGUUCUAUCUGUUCUCUGAGUGGGGUGUUGGUCAUUGCCCUGCCUGUCCCAGUCAUUGUGUCCAACUUCAGCCGCAUCUACCACCAAAACCAGAGAGCUGACAAAAGACGGGCACAGAAGAUGCAGAAAGCACGUCUGGCCAGGAUACGAAUAUCCAAGACAGGAAGCUCUAAUGCCUUCCUCCACAGCAAACGGAAUGGCCUCUUCAGCGAAGCCUUGGAGCUCACGCAACUUCCUUACAAGAUGAACCUUUCAGACCAGAGUUCCAUUGAGGAGGAGCAGCACCUGAGCAAGAACCAGUCCCUAUUAGAGAGCCAACACCACCACCUGCUGCAUUGUCUGGAGAAAACCACAAAUCAUGAGUUUGCAGAUGAGCUGUGUUAUGAGCAGAGCUACCUGGAGGGGGCACUCCAGAGCUAUCCGUCUCAAAGCCCCUCCCUCUCCAGCCAAGAAGGCAUGACGGGCACCUGCUGUACCCGCCACACCAAGAGGAACCACGCCCCUUUACCCAACUCCAGUAUUCCCACGUGCGCUCUCUCACACACACACCCUCAUCAUAACCUGCAGGAGCUCAGCACUAUCCACAUCCAGCCCCUCAACACCAGUCGCUCCAGUCUGAACAUGCGUGUGGACGAACCCGCGCGCCUCAACUGCCAGAGUGGCACGAUCACCACUGCGAUCAUCAGCAUUCCGACGCCCCCAGCGACCACUCCUGAGAGCGACGCCCACCCUCCACCCCCAGGCCCCGCCCUUCAGAACGUUGUGAAGGUGUCUGCGCUGUGAGAGUAGAAGCGCAGCAGGACGCGCGGACAGACAGACAGACAGACAGAUAGGAUGGAUAGACAGACUCAUGCAGAUAGACAGAAGGACAGUGCGAAGGAUACGACAGACGAGCAGGCGAAUGCUCUGAAGGCCGAGUCCCAGACUGAAGACAUGGAGAAGGACUGCCUACUGGUGGAGAUCUACUGUAAUGACAUGGACUUCCUGUAGAAAUGGAGGAUGGAUUUUAGAUACAGUCUACUGUAGGUGUCUGGGCGCUUCUGUAUGUUUGAGUGUGCGUUUUGUGUGUGUUUGGUAGGUUAUAAGUGUGAGAGAGAGAAUGUGUUAGAGAAAAUAAAAAAGGUUUGAGUUUUUGGAGUGUAUGAAAGAGAAGCACUUGAUGGGUCGCUGGAGAGAUGUAGAGCAGUAAAGUCACAUGUCACUGGGCACGCAGCACCUUUUUAUGGUUAGUGCUAUCCGGGAUCAUUGGGACAUCCCUACACUAAAACCUUAACCUUUACCUAACCCUAACCUUAACCCUUACCUUAACAAUAACCUUCACCUAACCUUAACCCUCACCUUAACAAUAACACUUACUUAACCCUAACCUUAACAAUAACCCUUACCUCACCCUAACCUUAACCAUUUUAAAUUUCAACUUCAAUGGGGGGUAUGGAUGUCCCAAGGAUCCCGGAUAGCAAGGAUGACCUUUUUAUGGUUUGGAACCUGAGUUUGACAUUUGACCUGUCUGGUCUUUACAUCGUUACAGCAGGAAGCAGUGAUCAUAUCAAAGAAAAGAACUUAGACAUAUUGACAUCAUUAAAGUUUUCCUCUGGUUUGUUAUGUUAUUUAUGGUUAGAUUCAGUUUGAUCCACUUAUUCGUCGUCAUAGAUACAUGUCAAUCACCAUCCAAAAUCUUUUUCCUUUUCUUUUUUUUCUCCCCAGGUAUAAUUUAAUUUCACAGUGAAAAUUCUUAACAAAUCAAACUAUGGUAGGUGUCUGUAUCAGAGAUACUAGUGGGUUUCUUAUAUUUGUGAACGUGUACGUGUGUAUGCCUGUAUGAGCGUGUGUGAGUUUGAGGAGCUGUCUGUAGUUGAGCUCUUUCUUUAAGUGUCCAUGGCUCUGUAUAUGUGUGACUAGCUGCCACUCAUGGAAAGCUCAUGUACAUAUUUUUGUCCAAAAUUCUCAGCUGGAAGCCUUUUACACAAUAUGUGCCUGUUUCGUUUGAGUAAAUUCUUGAUUUUAUUUCUCUCUUUUUUUGUAGGUCGGUUUCCCUCCCUUUGCUUUCCUCUGGGCUCUAGUUGUAGAUAUUCAACAGACCUUUUAUGUAAACUUGCUUCAUUAUCCAACACCAAGACCAAAAAGGUUGUAUUUAAACUUAAACCACGUCUAACUAAAAGCACAAGGUGUUUGCUGAGAAUUUCUGACAGAGAUCUGUCCAGAGCCUGGGUUAUAUUGUGAAUAUUGUUAAUAGAAUAUUUUGUAAUAUUUUCCCAUUGUUUGGCAGAGCCCGUGAAGCUGUCCUCUCUCUCUUUCUCUCUCGUUGUCGUCCUGUGUAUCUCUUUCUCUCUCGUUGUCGUCCUGUGUAUCCUUUCCUCCGUUCUGUGUGAAGAACAGUAUGCUUUUGGUAGUUGUUUUUAGUCGUCAAUGUUUUCUCCCCAAACUCAGCUGGCAUUUUUCAAAGUUGUUGGGUGUCUGUAAUCUUCUAUGUGGAUAGAAACUUGGUGUUUGUACUUUUUCUGUGGCCUUCCAUGUUUUUCUCCUGGGACAUUCUAGGUCUUAAAUUUUUUUUUUUUUCCUGGAGAACUUGAACCUGGGACAUCUGUUGUCAUGGUGACCACAGAGACAUGGAGGACUGGAUGACACCCACCCAUGGACCUAAACCAACCUUAACAUCUAACACUAGCCAUUUAUCUUCUUGGUUACAGGGUCUGAAAUGUCUCUUUACCAGACACUAGAGUUGGGCUCAGUUCAUUUCAGUAUAUUCAGACUGAAUUCAGACACCAACCCUUCCAGAGAUACAGGCACACAAAGGGGCAAAGGGGCAGAGUAGAUCCAUGGCAUCUAUCUACGACAUGACACAGGACCUGUGAUUCAACCAAACCAAAAGGGUUCAACUAUGUUGGAUCAGGAAGUUAGUGGUAUUGUUUAUUUAGUAAAUGACCUGCAUUUGUAAGCACAGGUAUUGUUACUUUAGAACUCGAUGAUGUAUUCCGUGACCAUAGCUCCCAGGAUCUAAUAUAGACCCAGUCGUUAUGGGAUAGAACGUUGCGAUCUUGCCCUCCUGUAGGGAAAACAACCUGUGGUUACCUACAGUGCAUUCGGAAAGUAUUCAGACCCCUUGACUUUCUAAAAAUGUUCUUACAGCCUUAUUCUAAAAUUGAAUAAAUAUAAAAUGUCCUCAUCAAUCUACACACAAUACCCCAUAACGACA